AUGUCGCACAAUGAUUGCAUGGCGCCAGGCAACGAUCUGGCGCGUCUCCCAGCCGUGCCCCGCUCCUUCUCCGAGGCCAGUCGAACGGAGUUCUUGUCGGCGCUGGGCAUGGAUCACAACGUCGACGCGGACCGCGAGCUUUGGUUCCGCAUGAAGGACGACGCCCUGCGCGGUCACAGCAACAUCUGCAGCUCCCCCGCCAACCUGGUCCCUUACCUGCGAAACAAUGUUCCCCCGCAGCCGUGGACGGUGACGCAGAUCACCGAGCUCGCGCUGCUGGAUGAGGCGCGUCGCCUAUACAUCGAGUCCCAGGGCGCGCUGCGCGCCGUGUACAAUCACGGCGGCAGCGCGGAGAGUGCGGAUGGCGACAUGUGGGUGGUGCGCUGGAUGCUGUGGCAGGUCUUCCUCAGUGGGGGUUACGCGCAGCUGCCGGCGGAGGAAGAGCAGGAGCCAGACGCUUGGGGGGCGACGGCCCGCGAGGGGAAUCGUGGCACGGGUCCAUCUGGGAGUCGGCGGACAUCCACUGGUGAGUCCAGUCGCGUUGCCGUCGACACGACACAUGUGCUGAUGGUGUAG